AUGACCACAAUCCGGCAUGCAAUUAGCCUUUUUGCCCUACUCCUCACUAAUUGCGAACCCAUCCGAGCUUCUGACUGCACCCAGUCCCCAGAUAACUUCCUCCAUCCACCAUCCCAAGAGCGCCCAAAGUUCAGAUACUGGCUUCCAGACGCUAGUGUAGACGCGGGGACUGUAGAAGCGGACAUAAAGGCAGCGGGUGACAUUGGGGCUGGGGGCGUAGAGUUCUUGCCGUUCUACAACUAUGGAGGAGAUCUUGGGCCAGCCCCAACCGGGGUAAACUGGUCUACUUACGGCUUUGGUACUCCUGCUCAUCUUAAUCUCUUCACAUCAGCUUUGAAGGCCCAUGAACAGGCGGGAUUGACCAUGGACUUUUCACUUGGACCGAAUCAGGGACAAGGUAUUCCGGCUCACCCUGAUGAUGAGGGAUUGCAGUGGGACUUGGUAAGUAGUUGCAAAUCAUCCACAGCUUUCGACGAUGGAAACAGCUGA